AUGGCCGGGGCCAUGAUCGGUGGAUUCCACGCCUCAGGAACUCUGACAAAGGACAACGUGGUGGCCGAGGGCAUCGCGACGGUGCCGGCGGCGCAGGAGGGCGGCGCGCAGGCGAUUGCGGAGCAGUGCGACGUCAUCUUUCUGGCCGUGAAGCCGUUUUAUAUGGCCCCGGUCUUGGAGGCCCUGGCGCCGCACAUCGACACCGACCGCCACCUGGUCGUGACGGUCGCCGCAGGGAUCGAGAUUGCGGACUACGAGGACGCGCUGCCCGAGGGCACGCGGUUCGUGCGGGUCAUGCCAAACACCCCCUGCCUAGUCAGGGAGGGGGUGUGUUCCUACACGCUGGGGACGAACGCGACCAAGGAGGACGGCGAGCUCAUGAAGCGCCUGCUCGAGUCCGUGGGCUUCGCGGCGGAGGUCGAGGAGCGCAUGAUUCACGGCGUCAUCGGCGUCGCCGGGUCGUGCCCGGCGUACCUUUUCGUGGUGCUUGACGCGCUGGCCGACGGGGGGGUCCAGGCGGGACUCCCCCGGGACCUCGCGCAGCGCAUGGCGGCGCAGACGAUGCUGGGCGCGGGCAAGAUGAUGCUCGAGGGGGGCCCGGGGGGGUCCGUGGGACACCCCGGGGUCCUGAAGGACGCGGUGACGUCGCCAGCGGGCACGACGAUCGAGGCGGUGGCGAGCCUCGAGCGCAACGGCGUGCGGUCCGCGUUCAUCGAGGCCGUGCGGACCGCCGCGGCGCGAUCCCGGGCCAUGGCGGACGAGUAG